UCUCUCCACUCCUGGGUGAGUCUGACACCCGACAUGGCGUCAGACAAGGUCGUGUUUGAGGUCUGUUCGAUUCAGUUUGAGGUCUCACCCCGGUACCAGCUGGAGCAUCUCAUCGGCACAGGGGCCUACGGCACUAUUUGCCGUGGCGUGGACACCGAGAACAAGGAUGGCGAGCAUGAGGAGAUUGCCGUGAAGAAAAUUCAGGACGUGUUUGCCAACAUGCUCGACGCGAAGCGUGCCCUGCGCGAGAUCCAGCUGCUCAAGUUCCUCAAGCAUAAGAACAACAACAUUGUGGAGAUUCUGGACGUGAUGCCGCUAGAUGAGGACUUUGACGAUCUGUACAUUGUGAUGUCGCUGAUGGAGACGGACAUGCGCAAAGUGAUCAAGUCGGACCAGGUUCUCUCUAACGAGCACUACCAGUACUUUCUGUACCAGCUCCUCCGCGCCAUUAAGUUUAUGCACUCUGCAGGCGUCAUUCACCGCGAUCUCAAGCCGGCCAACAUCCUUCUUGACUCGCGGUGCAAUCUCAAGGUGUGCGACUUUGGGCUCUCACGGCUGGAUACCUCGCACCACUCGUUUGCGCAGGACAACGGCGACUACACCGAGUACGUGUGCACGCGGUGGUACCGCGCGCCUGAGGUCAUCUUUGAGCGCGGCGCAUACACCAAGGCCGUCGACAUGUGGUCGGUCGGCUGCAUCUUUGCCGAGCUCAUCGGCCGCAAGGCCCUAUUCCCGGGCAAGGACCACGUCCACCAGCUCUCGCUCAUUUACCGCAUCAUCGGCACGCCCUCGAUGGACGAGAUCAUGAGCAUCACCAACGACAUGGCCCGCGAGCACAUGCUCUCCGAGCCGCGCUACGACCCGGUCCCGUUCUCCGAGAUCCUGCCCGGCCUCGACCCGCUCGCCGAGGACCUCCUCUCCAAGCUGCUCACCUCAAACCCGGCCGACCGCCUCACCGCCGAGGAGGCCCUCUCACAUCCGUACCUCGCCGCCCUCCACUCGGCCAUUGUCGAGCCGACUGCGCCGGCCGAGUUUGAGCUGCCCUAUGUUGAGGCCGACCUUACCGAGGACGACCUCCGCGCUCUCAUCUACAACGAGAUGCUGUACUUCCACCCCGAGAUCGGCGCCCACAACCGGGACAUGAAGUCGGCUGACGACGCCACAUGGUAGUGGCAAAGCUGCUUUGAUGCGCGAUGCGCGCGCGCUCGCUCUCGACCUUUCUCUUUCUCUUUCCCCUCCCCUCCAUACAGGCUUCUUCGCGUAGAAGCCUCUCCUGUGCGGCGACAGUAACAUUCCGCUACAAGCCUA